CUUUUAAUUACUCAUCAAAUCGCACAAUUACAAUUAUUUUUCUGUUAUUUUAUUUUCACAUGCCUCUGCUAACGGAGGCAUCCUAAAUAUACUCCAUACAAACUUAUUUUAGUUGUUUUGUAGAAUGAAAUGUAGAAAAAACUCCCCAUCAGCUGUAGUAAAUCAUCGCGUAUCUAAGAGGUUUGAAGGUUCCUGGGAACAAAAUAAAAUACAAAUAUGACCCUAGUCUAGAGAUAAAUCACUUCUCUUUCUGUUACAGUAACAUUUAUGACAAAAAAAUAUAGUUGGCAAAGAUUUAAGGCCUAAAACGUGACGAAGAAAACACAAAUGGAGACGCUUUUAAGGCGGCUGCAGACUAGCCGACUGAGUUGUCUCUUCACGGUUCUCAUGGAUGUUAUAAGUUCCGCCUCGCACUCGAGGAUCCAUCAUUUUCUGAGAAUCAUGGCAGAAGUAGCUCCAGCACCCGCACCGGCUAAAGCUCCGGCUAAAGCUCCGGCUAAAGCCCCGAAGAAGAAGUCCGGUACCAAGGCUAAAAAAGAUGGACCCAGUCUCGCUAAACUCAUCGUGGCCGCCGUGGCCGAGUCCAAAGAGCGCAAGGGGAUGUCUGUGGCGGCGCUCAAAAAGAUCCUGGCCGGGAAAGGCGUCGAUGUGGCCAAGGCCAACAAGCGCAUCAACACCGCCGUUACCAAGCUUGUGACGAAGGGAACUCUUAGUCAAACUAAGGGGACCGGAGCAUCCGGGUCCUUCAAGCUCGCUAAGAAGGAGCCCACAGCCGCCAAACCGGCCAAGAAGGUGGUGAAGAAGAAGGCUCCCGCCAAGGCAAAGAAACCAGCCGCCAAGAAGGCCACAACACCCAAGAAACCCGCCGCUAAGAAAGCAGCAGCCAAGAAAUCUCCGAAGAAGGCAGCGGCCAAGAAAUCUCCGAAAAAGGCAGCGGCCAAGAAAUCUCCGAAAAAGGUGGUAAAAAAGAGCCCUAAAAAGCCCGCCGCUAAGAAGCCAAAGGCUGCUAAGAAGCCUGCAGCCAAGAAAACGGGAGCCAAAAAACCCGCAGCGAAGAAGGCCAAGAAGUAAACAACUUUUCUCCUCCAACCACUGCUUAAGGCACCAAAGGCUCUUUUCAGAGCCACCACUUAUACAAAUUAAGACAUGACUCCCAACAAGCAUCGAAACAAUCACGGUUCAUAAAAU